GGUGCCCUUUGAGGAGCUCACCGCCAUGUACGCGCUGGCUGAUGUCUGCCUCGUGACGUCAACUCGCGAUGGCAUGAACCUGUGAGUCUAUUUGGGACAAGCAUUGCUAAUAGGUAGCGUCGCCUACGAGUACAUCUCGUCUCAGGCUGAGAAGCACGGCUCUAUGAUUUUGUCCGAGUUUGCUGGAGCCUCGCAGAGUCUGGCUGGCUCGCUCAUUAUCAACCCUUGGGACGUUGACUCGACGGCCAGUGCCAUCCACCAAGCCCUCACGUUGGCUCCAGAGAUCCGUGCCCAGAACUGGACAAAGCUGUUUGCAUACGUGUCCAACUUUACCGCGCAGUCCUGGGGCCUCUCCUUCCUCAACGAGCUCAACCGCUCGACAGGGCGUCGUCCUACUGGGCCUCUGCUGGGCGGCCGCCGAAAGUCGAGUAGCAACCUCAGCCGUGCUAGCUCACGUGCAAGCAUCAAGCGGCGCUUCACUGUCAACUCGUCCACUCCAGUCGCUCCUGUUGUGGCCUCUUAAAAUCAAUCUACUCGUCAUUCUCCUAGCUCUCCUGUACAGAUGGAUGUAUCAUGGUAAAACAUGUCUAUGGCUCUAAGAUUCGUUGACCU